AUGGCAGAGGGUAUCAAACGUGACAUCCCCAUCCGCAUGGGGGACUUUAGUGUGAUCGACACCGAGUUCAGCAGCAUCCGCGAGAGAUUCGACGCUGAAAUGCGAAAGAUGGAAGAGGAAAUGGGCAAAUUCAGGUCGGAAUUGAUGAACAGGGAGUCCAACAACUUUUUCAGGAGCACCACCAGCUCAACCACGUCUCACAACACCUCAGGCUCAGAUUUGGCAACAAGGGCGCCCUCUGGCGACGUGAGGACAUGGUACGACGACUUGAACUCGCCGCUCAUCCAAGAAGAUGGCAACAACAAACAAUUGAAAUUGAGAUUCGACGUCAGCCAAUACGCACCGGAAGAAAUCGUAGUCAAAACUGUGGACAACAAAUUAUUGGUACAUGCAAAACACGAAGAAAAAACAGAAUCGAAAUCCGUCUACAGAGAGUACAACCGUGAAUUCCUGUUACCCAAAGGUACCAACCCUGAAACAAUAAAAAGCUCAUUGAGUAAAGAUGGCGUGUUGACAGUCGAAGCUCCAUUACCUGCUAUCACUGCUGGCGAAAAACUUAUUCCAAUCCAACACUAA